AUGGCGGCUAUCAGCAAGAAGCAGGAGUCAGCAGCUCGUAGCUUUAGUGCUGUUUUGGAGAGCAUAUGCCGAGAAAGGCGACGGAAAAACAUAGACAAAGUCAGCGAAGGGGGGUUCGUUGUUUUGGCCAUUGAAUCUUUCUGGACAAGACUUUUCUCGCAGUAUUUUAUCAACAACGACGAUGAUAGUCGAGAUGACUUAUUGUUUUACGUAAAAGGGAGCUCUGGUGGGAAGACAGCGAGCGGGUCAAGUAGUGCUGAGGCAAGAAUUGCUGUAUUUAGAAAAGAUGCCAAAAACCUGCCAAGUCUAGGGGAUCCUGACAUCAAUUGGGAGGAAACAGUUUGUCUUAACCUAGUUCUUCACCAGUUUGAAUAUACCCUCACUUGUGCUGUAUGCACAAAACCACUGGAGAAGGAGUUGAGAAUUUUAAGGCGUAUAUCUCAGAAAGUGUAUGCCUCGCCAAGCAGAAGAAGAAUGGAUAGCAAGGGMGAAGGAACAGAGAUUUCUUAUCCAAAUAUGUUUUUUAUUGUGGACAACUUUGAGGAGGUGUAUAAAGAUUUUUCCAUCAAAGAAAAUGAGAUGGUCUGUGUAGAAUUAGUAGCUCAUGAUAAGAGUGACUCAAUGAGGGGGGUAAUAUUUCUUGGAUCAAUAAGAUUUGAAGCUCUGAAGAAAGUGUACGAAGGACGGGCCAGUGURGCUACAAAAAUGGCACAGAAAAUGUCAAUGGGCUGGUGGAAGGGACAAUCAACCACUGAAUUCAUCAAAAUGAAAGGACCUGGCGGGAAAGGCCAUGCAGAAAUGUCUAUAAGCAGACCUAAAGAUUGUACAGAUGGGCAAAUGUUCUGUCCUGACUGUGGUGGUGUGGAUGGCAGUGAGCCUUUGACUUCACUAGAAGAUAACAUAUGUCAAUGUAAAACCACWGAAGAUAACACAGAAUCUAGUACAACAAAUCAAAGUUUUUCCAAGAGAAAGAAAGGAGCAAAUACUUCUCCAACUAAUUCAGCAGCACAGUGGAUGAAGUUUAGGAGGAAAUCACUGGGAGCACCAAGUUUAUGUGCCUAUCUUACUUACGUUACMUUGCCAUGGCAUAAAAUUAUGACAGAUAUCCUAGAAGUUCGUCAGCAACCAAUACUCACAUGACCAAAUGAUCCUGAAUGAUUACACCUACGUGCAAAAUUUUAUAUUACAGAAUUUUAUAUAUUAUUGCAUAGAUCAUAGAGAUGCACAUUAUUGCAGAGAUUAUAGUCACUAUUACAUUAUAUAUAUAUAUAUAUAUAUCAAUAUAAAAUAUUAUUUUCAUGAAGUAGAAUAGCUAUUUUAUAGUCUAAAAUUCAGCAAUAAUUGUUGCUCCACAAAACAAUCCAAAAUUUUUAACUUUUAUGUUCAAGUUUUUGUUGUUGAAAAUUUCAGUUGUGUUUCCAAGAUUUUCUUGUUAUUUGUGUUCUAAUUUUCAAUCCUGAAAAGGAAAGUUACUAGUAAAACUGCAAUUAAAAUCAAAAGGCAGGCAGGGCAGAGUGACACAAAUAUGUUCACUAAUAAUAUUUAAUAUAAUUAUUACUAUAAAUAUAAUCUUAUUUCUACUGAUGGUACUCUAGUUCCAUCUUGAAAGGUAGUUACACCUUUGCAUUAAUGAGACAGCAAUAGUCUCUUUCACGGUUACGUGUGCCAUCUUGAAAGGUAGCCGUGCCUUUACAUCAAAGCGAGACAAACGUUGAACAUGCAAUGAUACAUGUAGAUAUCUGUGAAUAAUUGUCUGUAGGUGUGAAAGAAGGUGUCUAUCAUUGCACGCUCAACGGUCGUCUCACUUCGAUGCAAAGGUACUGCUACCUUUCAAGAUGGCGCAGGGAACCGUGAAAGAGACUAUUAAUUUGAUUCGUUUUUCAGUCGUAGCAUUUGAGCAAGUUGUCACCAAAUAUGGUAUUAACUGUCGGAACGCUCUACUAUGGCUCUGUAUUCCACCGUGUAAUAUUCGGGACCACUAUUGAGCUUGAUAGAUACCUGUGAAUAAUUAUUUUAAUAUGAAAUAAAGGUAUCUAUCACUGCACUCAACACCUCUUGCUUUGAUGCAAAGACUCGGCUACCAAAAGAUGGCACUGGGGAAUGUAAAAUAUAAAAUUUCUUAGGAAAACAAUGACUUCAAAAAUCAGAAACCUGUAGGGGACUUGAAACGUGUAAUGCCCAUACAUUUCUUUAGUACCAAAGGUCGGAAUAUUCAAAGCUCAUUAAAAAUUCAAAAUUGAACGUUAUGGCCAUAUUUGGAAAGUUCUGCCAUUGGAUAAGAGAUAUAAGGCCCGUUCUGGUUGGCUAGUGCAAAUUGAAUUGUUCCAAAUAAGGACUGAAUGAGAUGCAAAUUAGAUUUGAAUAUUCCAACUGAUGGCACGGAG